GGAAAGGUUUUAUGCGCGAUUGACUUGCUUGCUGGACUGUACCCAAAGUGUGACGCAUAUCCCCGUCCCGCCGCUCGCAUGAUGAGCAUCGGCCUCCAUUUUUGUGGUGAAUUCCAAAGCUUCAAUUUCCUCUGAGGGCGUCGCGUCCUCGCAUCAAAUGAUAAGGAGAUGAGGCCAAAAUCAGCCCCAAUCAAAACCCUUUCCCUGAGCCGCAUUACGGCAAGACCACUGUCGUCCACACCUGCCUGUCGGUGUCCGCCUUCCUGCCUUGCUCUUACUCGGAGGUAUCGUCAUUCAAAGUUCCUCAGCCUCGACCCCUCCAUCACAGUCUUUUCCCUGCCCCGCUACGCUUCUUCUUCCUCUUCCCCUUCAAACCCCACCACCACUCUAGAGUCUCCCACAUCACUCGAAAUGGCGCCCAAGAAUAAAUUCGAGCUCAAGACCCCCAAGGGUACAAAGGACUGGGAGGGAAAGGAUAUGGUUAUCCGUGACCACAUCUUCAACACCAUCACCCAAGUCUUCAAGCGCCACGGAGGAGUCACGAUCGAUACCCCCGUCUUUGAGCUCCGAGAGAUUCUCGCUGGAAAAUAUGGAGAGGACAGCAAGCUCAUCUACGACCUUGCUGAUCAAGGUGGUGAGAUCUGCUCUCUGCGAUAUGACUUGACAGUCCCCUUUGCCCGCUUCCUCGCCAUGAACAAGCAAAUUCAAAACAUCAAGAGAUAUCACAUCGCCAAGGUCUACCGCCGAGACCAACCUGCCAUGACCAAAGGUCGCAUGCGAGAAUUCUACCAGUGCGAUUUCGAUAUUGCCGGCACCUACGACCCCAUGCUGCCCGACGCCGAAGUCAUCCGCAUUAUUACAGAAGUCUUUGAGGGACUUGGUUGGAAUGGUGGAUACACGAUCAAGCUGAAUCACCGAAAGAUUCUUGACGGUAUUUUCCAAGUCUGUGGAGUGCCUGAAGACAAGAUCCGCACCAUUUCCUCGGCCGUCGACAAGCUCGACAAGCUGCCUUGGGCUGAUGUGCGAAAGGAGAUGACCGAGGAAAAGGGACUUGAUGGUGAGGUCGCUGAUCGAAUCGGAGAGUGGGUUGUUCUCAAGGGCAAGCAGGAUCUACUGCAGAAGCUUCAGAGCACAGAGAGCUUGGCCGCGAACGAAUCCAUGAAGAAGGGAAUGGAAGAUCUUGCUCUGCUGUUCGAGUACCUAGAGGCCUUCGGCUGCCUGGAUCGAGUUUCUUUCGACCUCAGCUUGGCUCGAGGCCUCGAUUAUUACACCGGACUUAUCUACGAGGUUGUCACCCAAGGCUCUGCUCCUGAGGUCACACCUGGGCAGGAGAAUGCUGAGUCUAAGCCUUCCAAGAAGAAGGGCAAGAAGGGUUCUGAGGAUGACGACCGUUCCGAUGACCCCACAGUCGGCGUAGGAAGUGUGGCUGCCGGUGGCCGGUACGACAACCUUGUUGGCAUGUUCUCUGGCAAGAGCCAAAUCCCCUGUGUCGGUAUCUCCUUUGGCGUUGACAGGAUCUUCUCUAUCACCAAGGCCAAGAUGGCCGCUGAGAAGAAUGCUGCUGUCCGUAACAAUGAUGUCGAUGUUUAUGUCAUGGCCUUUGGACAGGGAUAUUUGAAAGAACGCAUGUCAGUGUGUGCCAAGCUGUGGGAGUCUGGAAUCAAGGUUGGUUGAGCAUUUUCCCACGAAUCUUACUAUUCCACGGAACAGAAGGCUAACUGUGCUAUCACAGGCAGAGUUCCUUUACAAAGUCAAGCCUAAGCUGCCCGCACAAUUCAAGGCCGCCGAGGCGAACGGUGUGCCAUUUGCUAUCUUCCUCGGCGAAGAUGAAGUCAAGUCAGGCAAGGUCAAGAUUAAGGAGAUGGGACUCCAAGAAGGUCAUCCCGAGAAGGAGGGUAUUCUUGUCAGUAUGUCCGACAUGGCUAAGGAGAUCAAGGUUCGGCUUCAACGCAAGCGGGAGCUUGACGAGAUGACCAGGCAAGCCGAGGGCCUGAGGGUUGUCCAUGGUAUCAAGGGCGAUGAGGUAAAGGAUGCGGAGAAAAAGGUUGAGGAUGCCAAGCCUGAAACCACACCAGCAGCAGUCGAAGCGACUCCAGGAACGGAAGAGCCAGCUCCCAGUAAUCCGACAGCAUAAGUUCUUUGUGACGAACCUCAAUAAAACAGUUAAAACGAUGGCCGUGGCGUUAAGUCUUAAUAGAGAGGACGAUCAUCGCACGAAGUCACUGUUCACAUGAAUGGAUGAUUUCACUUAUUGCCAAUCAUGGGUAACAAAGUUGAGGAAACACGUUGUUCCGUGAAGCCA